AGCUGGAGGAGGACUGGGAAGGAGGGCCUUCCCUCAGAGAGCCUCCUGAGGCCUACCUCGCCCAACACCACCCAGCCUUCUGCCUUUAUGGAUCCCCGAGGGGAACGGCUGAGCAUCCCUGGUGUCUGGCUCCCACUCUACUUUGGGGUCUUGGGGCUGUGCUCUGUGGUUACCGGUGGCUGCAUGGUCUUUCUCCACUGGAGGAAGAAGGUUCGAAGGGAAGAGCAGGCCCAGGAAUGGGUGGAGGUGAUGCAGGCGGCCACCUUCACCUACAGCCCCCUCCUCUACUGGAUCAACAAGCGUCGGCAAUAUGGUAUGAAUACCGGAGUCAAAGUGGACCUCCCAGUGGCCAGCCCCAAGCCAGAGGCCCCCAAGCCCUUGACUAACAACCAGGAAGGAAGGAGUGAUGCCUCUGCAGCCAGAUUCCUCAUGUCCCCGGCCUCCGCCCCACCCUUGGUCUGUUACCCAACCCCAGCGCCACACAACCCCAUCUUCCAGGAGGUGGCCUUUGCCCCUUCACUGUGCAACGUACCACCCAUGGUGAACCACUCUGCCUCUUUUCCUUUCAACGCCCGUCCUGAGAGGAGGGUCCGGUUUCAUUCAUUGCCAGCUCUGGCCCGUCGGGACUAUCGCUUCAACAUUAAGGGCUUGGCCUAUGAGUUGUAGCUUGACUUGGUCUGCUAGAAGCAUGGGGAGGGGUGUGGGGUGGAGGACCAGGAAGCCCCAGUGGUCAGCUCUUGCUCUGGAUUCACACACAUGUAAUCAUCUUUUUUUCUGAAAGUUCAUGGCUUCUGUCUUCCCAAUGCCCUAAUUGCCUAUCCCCAGUCAAUUCAAGUCUGAUAUUAAACUUUUUAAUAAAAUAUU